AUGACAGCGAUCGAAAAACAAAUAAAUCCAGCCUCACCAUUUACACCACAACCACCUUCCUCGCCACUUUCAACAACAACAGCUGAUGAGGGUAGUGAAAGAUCACAAUUAAUUGGCUCGGUAUUUCCAAAAGGAUCAAAUUAUAUAAGAGGAUUUUUAAAAGUGGCUGAUGGAGAAGGGAUAAAUCUAAGGAAUUUUAAGAUACAGGUUGCAAAGUAUGCCACAAUUUCAGAUAUUAUUGUGUAUGGAGAGGAUGGACUUAAUGAAAAUGUUUUAAAAGUUGCAAAACAAGUUGCUUGGGCACAACAAAUUUUAAGAGAGCAACGAUCAAUUGGAAUCAAUUAUGAAACUUUUGUUAUUCUCGAUCCAUUUUCUGUUUUUGAAAAAGAUUUUCUAAAUGUUGUAGCAAUAGAUAAUAAAGGUAUUUGGCGUAAUAAAAUUAAUUUUCCAGAACAGGAAAGGGAGGAAAUGAGAAUUCUUACAGCAGCAUCAGAAAUAUCACCAAAUGUUUGGUUAGGUAAUACACAAGAUGUACCAAUUUCAACCGAGUUAGACCCUGCAGAUUCAGCGAUCUCAUUGAUCGAUGAUAAUCCACACCAUUUUUGUAUUUGUAUUGAGGCACAUGAUCUUGGAGAAAUGCCAGAUAAAGAAACGCUUCAACGCCUAACCGAAGGACUUUCCACAAUACCAAAGUCUAGGCCAAUAUCCAUCAAAGAUAUAAUUCAUGUUGAUUGUAUGUCGUCAGCUGUAGGAUGUAAUUCAACAGCUUCAUAUGAUUCACUAAUCACAAAACUAUUAGAUCUUUGUGAGUUCAUCUCAGAAAAAGCAAAUAAUGACGAUCGUAAGAUACUAAUUCAUUGUGCAGAUGGAUACACAGAGACAUCACUCCUUGCGCUAACAUAUCUCAUGUACAACGAGACUUUACGACUCCCACAAGCAUACUUACGGCUACAAAAAACUCGCAGUUUCUUUGUGUACCCAAGUGAUGUGACAACACUGUUAAAUAUUGAGAAACGUGUAUUAGAAAGGAAAAAAGUUAGCCAAGAUGAAAGGAUCAACAUAGAGAUUUCAAAUAAAUUUUCGUGGUUUUAUUCGUCACAAUUUGAGGGAAGUUUUCCAAGUAGAAUCUUACCAUUUUUGUAUUUAGGAAAUUUAAGCCAUGCGUGUAAUGCUGGUAUGCUCAAGGCACUUGGAAUAACACAUGUAUUGUCAGUUGGAGAAGACGCCAGAUUGGAUGGGAAGGAAUUUGAUGUAUUAUAUUUGGGUAAUUUAUAUGAUGAUGGUAUUGAUAGUUUAUGGAACCAUUUAGAUUUAUGCGUAAAUUUCAUCGAAAAUGCACGCAGAUCGAAUGGAAGUGUGAUUAUUCAUUGUCGAGUAGGAGUUUCUAGAUCAGCUACGAUUACAAUAGCGUAUAUUAUGAGACAUCUUGGUAGAUCACUUGUAUCGUCAUAUUUAUUUGUUCGCGCAAGACGUCUAAAUGUUAUAAUUCAACCGAAUCUUAAAUUUAUGUAUGAAUUACUACAAUAUGAACAAAAACUUACAGGUAGAAUGGGAAUUAGUUGGCCUUGGUUAGCUAAAGAAAUCAAUGCAUUAAACAUGUGUUAUGUUGGGUCCUAA